AUGGAACCAAAUGUUAAUUCACAGAUUCCCAAAGAAACCUCACCACAAAUAAAUAAGUCUACAUUAGAUUCGACUGAGAGUUGCAUUACUCCUUCAGAAACCGGUUCUCUUGAAAAUAGUUCUGAAAUUCCUCCAAAUUCGCCAAAUUUGCCUUCUCAAAAUGAAAUUGAAUCUGAAACUGUUAACUCAGUCUCGCCAGGACAAGAAAAAAGUACCUUUUUAAUUACCACAGACUUGGAAGAAACUACUUAUGCAGAUAAAGAGGCGCCACAAACAGAAAUGAGCAUUACAACAACUUCCUCUUUACCCGAACGGGUUGAACAACCACCUGAUGCAAAGGAUAAUACUAUUUUUACAAACUAUAUUGUCACCACAAAUAACGUUAAUAAUGAAACGCAAAUUUCUACUACUAUUCCUCCGACCGACUCGUCUUCAAAGGAGCUCAUUAUUGUUCGUGUGAAACGAAAGCGAAACGAAGAGCCUUUGGAUGCGUUUGCUCACAGUUCUGCUGAUGCCCUAACCGCUUACUUCCGAUUCGCGGAAACAGUGGAUGAAAUGACAUUUGAACAUUCAGCAAAGACUCUUCAGCUUGAGGAGCGUAUCAGGAACAGACUACGAAAAAAUCAAAAGGACGAAGAUUUAAAAAAACGGUUCAAAGACCAUCAUGGAAAGAAAAGAGACCAAUUCAAGGAAGAUAAACAUACAGCACGGUAUCAAAUAAUUCAGAAUAGAAGAUAUAAAAAUAAUAAUGAGAUGUUCAUAGAUCAAGAAGACAACAAUAAUAAUAUAGUUAUGAGUGGAACCACCGAAUCACUUAAAGUAUUUGAUGCCGUGAAACAAGUUGACGACAACGACAAGAAUGUGACAAUAUCAUCAAAACCUACACAUCGUGAUGAUGUAAUGGAAAAGUUCUUGCCUAUGGUUAUGGAUUACAUGUCAUACUUGAAUAUAAAAGAUCAUGAUGACGACGAAGAUGAUGAAUACGUCUAUGAUGUAUUCUAUCGCGACGACAAUUUUGUUAAGGGAUUUGAAGAUCACUAUCGUAAUGUUGCUUCAUUGGUUUGGCUUGAAGAUGAUGAUAAUGAAUAUUUGUUAGAUGAAGCAGAUAUAAUUGACACGGACGAUGAAGACUCAAAUGCUGAAAAUUACUAUACUCAUGAUUACCCUGAAGAAGAGGGCGAUGAAAAAUGGGAGGAGGAUGGUGGUAAGAUUUUUAAUUACGAUUCCGAAUGUGAUGGAAAUCAGUCAUCUGACGAAGAAGAGUAUUAUGCUUAG